AUGGCCGCCUCCGCCCCUCGCCAGAUCCUGGCGUGCUUCAACCACGUGCUGCCCGACGUCGCGGCGCGCGGUGUGCCGCUGGAGAGGCUCGGCUUCGAGCCCUGCGACUGGGGCGGCGGAGUCGCCUCGGCUGUCGCCGCCGACGCGUGGGACUUGGCCGUGCCGCUGGAAUACGGAUACAGAGCGACCGAUCGCUGCCCCAAGGUCCUCUCCGUGGCGGUGGUGGCGUUGAGUCGCUCAGUUCAGUGGCCGACUUUGAAUGGCAUCGCCCAGCCGCAGUUAGGCCGCCGAAGCGUCAGGGACUGCCCCCGGCGGGCGCAGUCCUGCGCGCGCGCAGUGCCCGCCGGAGAGCUGGCGCGGACAAUGGUCGCACUAUCCAGCCGACCCCGUCGCUCGAGCUUGGCGGUCGUCCUGAGCGACGAGAGCGCCGCUGGCAUCGCGUCGGCGCUGCGCUCCAUCUGGACGGCGACGCAGGAGCAGAUGCACGGGCACCACGCGCAGUUGAAGACAGCGCUCCGCGACGAGGCAUCAAAAGUGCGGGCGCUGAGCCAGGUGAUGGAGCGAACGCUUCGCGGAGGCGCGCCCGUGCAGCUGGGCUUCUCCGACCUCGAGGAGUGGUUGGCAUCGACUGACCCUUGCCGAUCGCGCUUUGCCAGAGGCCCGCGAGGCCUCGGCGACAUGCUCGGCGACCGCUGCACGUGCGGCACGGUUUCUUUCCGCGCGCGCCAGCCUCGCUUCGGCGACGUCGUGCCCAUGGCAGAGUGGUUCUCCUACGCGAUGCAUCAGCUGAAGAACUCCGCCGUCCAGAAAUUUCUCAGCGGGGACUUCGCUUACGCCGGGCAGGGGGGCAUGAUCCGAGUCAACGGUGCGCCCGAUGACGACGACUUCAGCGACCUCGUGCACUUGGCGGUUCUGGUGGACGCGUCCUUGAACGUCCGCGACCGCAUGGCGCUGGUGGUCGAAGAGGGCGACCUGAAGGCCGCGGCGGAGGAGAUCCUGGACAUCACCGGCGGCAGGAAAGGACCGCUGUUCGCGCGCGCAGCGCACUUCGGCGAAUUUCACAUGUGCGCGUCCGUGGCGGGCGAGGAUCGACAGACUCUUCGCCUCCAGCGAGGCUCGUUCGCAUCUGGCCGGGUGCUCGUCUGCAUCGGUGGUUACGUCGGGGCAGAGUCCAAUGCCAUCGGCGUCCUCCUCGGAAGCCUGCGCGCGGCGCCGUCUCCGGCCUGCCGCGCGCUGCUCCCGGCCCACUGCGGCGCGGCCGACCUCGAGCCCGACGGCGCCAACCACCUGUCGGGGCUGACGGCGAGCGCCGCGGCGGCGGUCGCGCAGAAACUCGGCAAGAGCUUGACUGUCGACCAGAUGUCCCUCGUCGAGUGCAUGGCGGCCUCCAAAAGAGGCGCUUUCUUUUGCGAGGCGUACCCGGGCACAGGCAAGUCGCUCACCGCCGUUGCGGCGCUCCUCGGCGCCCGCGGCCUCUUCGACGAGAAGGUGAAGGGCGCGGUACUACUGCAGCAGCGGACGCAGCGAGACGAGAUGCUGAGCUUGCUCCGCAGCGCGCUCGACGACCCGUUCGAGGCCGCGGCGAUCGGCCGCCCGGCCGGCGAUGAUUCGGCAGCGGACGAGGGCUAUCUCGACCCGGCGUUGCUCCGCGCGCUGGACGAUCGCACGGAGAGCAUCAAGAGCCGCAUCGACGACCUGCGAGCGCAGUUGCAAACUGCGCAGGAAAACCUCGAUCUCGCCGCCCCCGAGGGCAGGGAAUGGAAACUCCAGAGCGAAGAGAUGCUGACUCUGACAUUUCAGUACCGCAAUCUCGUGGAGGAGGCCAGAGGAACUAUCUUCGCAGGAGUCAGCAUAUUCGUCAUGACGGUCGACUGCUUCCUGCAGAUCUGCUGCGGCAGGAGUUGGCUGUCCCCGAUCUUCCGGAAGUUCGAGUUCAGGUUCGGGCCCCUGCAGUGCAAGUUCAUGCGGGACACCUCCAAGGAGUAUGGUCGUAAGGAGCACCCUCUCAAGUGCGCGCUGGACCACGAUGAUCGCGAGCGGUACGCGAAUCUCGCAGAUGUGCCUCAGACUGCCGUGAGGUUCGUGCGCUACUCAGACACGCGAUGGUUUCCCGCUGUGACCCGCGGCGUCCUCGCCGCGAACGCCGAGGCCAUCGGCUUGGGCGCGCGCCGGAGAGCGCCCGACCGCGGCGGCGGCGCGGAGGAGGCUCCGCGGGCGGGUGCCUGCAAGCCUGUAUUCGAGCAGAUGCUGUUCGAGGGCUUGCUGUUCCUGCGCGCGAUCGCACUGGGCCGCAUUCUCGCGCCGGGCGGCACUCGCUCGGCAACUAUUGCACAUGACACGAAGGCGAUUCUGACCAUGGUGUGGGCCAACGACGUCAGGGUGAACUUCGACGUCGUCGUGCGGGGCGCCCUUGAGAACGCGGCGCUCAUGGAGUCUUUCGGCAUGCCCGCGGAGGCCUGCGACGCCCCUCACUUGUGGAGUGUUCCGACGCCGGAGGCUGCAUCAGGAGCUGACGCGCUCCUUCAGCAAACCACGGUCUUCCCCCGGAAUUUGGGCGCGUUCGAUGUUCAGGGCAACACGCGGGACGCGAUGCGCAGGAACGUGGGCUUCACUCGAGGCAUCCUGUUCGCGUCCUCCCACGAGUGCGUAGAGUGCUUGGAGGAUGGCCGCGCGGCGCCGCACUGGAAGGCGCACUUCAGCGCGAGCCAGCGCGAUCCCGCGCUCGAAGUCUGGGAGUCCCCGUGCAAGUCGGGCGGCCCGACGCGGCCAGUCGAUCCGCUGUGGAUCGACGGGAGGUGCGAACUGGAAUGCGCCAACCGUUUGUUCGACGCCGUCAGGGCUUUCCUCUGGCCGUUGCCGAAGGUCGUGGCCGACUUGCGGAUGGCGGACCCGUGGCCCGCGAGUUUCGCGCGCCCCCCCUCGCUGACGCUCGCGCAGGCGAUCCAGCUCGGGAGCGCAAACCUCUUCGACGACGGCGGGGCCCUGUCCGAUGUCACGCAGUCGCCGACGCCGAACCCGACCGACGGCGCGAUCUGGGUCAGCGACUCUGACAUUUAUGGCUUAGCACCCGACCGCGAGGUAGCGGCGCGCGUCGCCGCGGCUGGUCGCGCGGCGGCGCUGCAGUCCAUCCGGCUGUUCCCGGACACAUUCUCUGAGGGGCGCCCCAUCUACGCCAGGCUCCUCCCGUACAAGCGCCUCCGCCUCGGAGGCGAUGCAAGGGAGCAGUGCCGGGAGGCGCGGACGGCGCUCGCAGUUGCGCUUGCGAGGGGUAGCGCCGAGACUCGGGACGUCGUCAUGUACCAGCACGUCGGCAACCCAGAUGCCCUUCAGCCGCCGAACACGUGGCCGACGCUGUUCAAGAAGAUGCCGCUGCACAUCGCGAACUGCGUCCUCGCGACGACGCACUUCUUGGCGGGGACCUUCCUCGACGACGCCGCGGUCCACGUGCGACCUCGCUCCCAAUCAGAGGAGGAUUCAGCCGCGGCUGCCGAGGAGCGGGCAAACGUGGUCUACUGCGUGAACUCGAUGGUCAAUCUGCUCCGGCAGCGCCCAGGCCUGAGUCGCGACGCGGUUCUGCCGCUGGCCUCGCCCUCCGCGGCGGCGACGGCGGUGCACGCCGAUCUCGACGAUUUGUUUCAGUGUAUUCUUUGCGACGGCACUGGCAAGAUGGUGGAGUAUCGCGCUGCCACGGGGAACAUGGCAUCCUUGCCGUGUCCGCUCUGCGAUGUGUGUUCUGUGUGCGGCGGCACUGAGACCUGGGAUGCGUACGACCCCCAGCUCCCUUGCCCGCUUUGCGUGGAUUGA